UGAUUGAAUGUUCACUCAUUAACGUCACCCCAAAAUUCCCCCCAAACUAAUAAACCAAAUGAGAGAAGAGCAAAAAAAAGUAAAGAGCGAGAAAAGUGGAAUAAAAACGAAUGAAAAGAUCUCUCGCUUUCUCUUUCUUUUCAUCUCUGUCGCUCUCUCCACUCGGCUAUUAAUGGCGGAAACGUAGAAAAAAAGAGGAGGAGGACGACGACGACGACCCCAUUUCUCCCGAAUCAAGUAGAGAAAAAGCUCCCUUUUUCUUUUCUUCUUCUCUUCUCUCCUAGAAGAUGCCGAUGAUUCGGUACCAGAUACGGAACGAGUACGGCUUAUCGGAUCCGGAUCUCUACCGCGCGGCGGAGAAGGAUGACCCCGAGGCCAUCCUCGAGGGCGUCGCCAUGGCCGGGCUCGUCGGCGUCCUGCGUCAGCUCGGGGAUCUCGCCGAAUUUGCUGCAGAAAUUUUUCAUGAAUUGCAUGAAGAAGUGAUGGCCACUGCUUCUAGAGGGCAUGGAUUAAUGCUUCGUGUACAGCAGCUAGAGGCUGAAUUCCCAUCCGUCGAGAAAGCCCUCCUUUCUCAGAUUAGUAAUUCAAACAUUGAGUACAAUGAUGGUACUGAAUGGCAUGCUAAUCUUCAACUGGGUCAGAAUUUAAUCACACAAGGAGAUAUGCCCCGCUUUAUUUUGGACUCUUACGAAGAAUGCCGUGGCCUUCCUCAGUUGUUUACACUGGACAAGUUUGAUGUUGCUGGUGCUGGAGCAUGUUUAAAGAGAUACUCCGAUCCAUCUUUCUUCAAGACGGAGUUUGCCUCCUCCAACGUGAUGGAAACAGAUGUUCCAAGAGAAAAGAAAGUUCGUAAGAUCAAGAAGAAGGCAUUGCGCUGGAGGAAAGGUGAAACCCUUGAGUCUUUAUUGGUCACUCACCCUAAUUCUAAUGUGCAGCCAAUUUCUUCGGAAAAGCUUCCAACUAAAGCUGUAAAGUUGAAAAAUAAGCACUUUCUGGAGUUGGAGAAGACUAAAAGAAGCCAUACUGAACAGCUUCUUCUAGAUGUUAUUUCAUCUCAGCAGAAAAUUCUGCUUGAAGAUUCUAUGAGGCAAUCCGCCAUGAAAACAAAAUCAAAUGGUCCAAUCAAUUUGGCUCCUCUACUACAAGAGACUGUGAAUGCCAAUCUUAUUGAGUCUCCCCCUAGAGAAGUGAAUGGGGUGCCCAUAAAUGAGUUGGAUACUGUAAACAGAAAUGAUUUUGGAUUGUCCGGAAAACAACUAGAGCAAUUUGGUGAAGUGGAAAAGACAAGUAGGAGUCCUCAAAUUUCGGAGCAAAACAAAUUUGUUUCCAAUGCAGAAAAUUCAAUGGAAACUGGUGCUGAAAGCUAUAUUUCUGCUGAGAUCGGCAGUGAACAUGAAAAUUUUGUUGAUGCCCUUAAUACUAUGGAAUCAGAAAUUGAAACGGAUGCUGAAAGCAAAGCUGUAGAACCUCAUGGAAUCAACUCCCAGAUGAAAGAAGAGCAGGAAGAAUUGCAAGCUCAAAUUUCAGAAUCAGCUUCAGAGAAAAACUUGAGCAAAUCAUCAGGGUUGAGUGAUUUAUUCAGGAAUGGAAUCACAAUCUCUUCUGAUUCAGAUUCUCAAAGUGAUUCCACUGCGCCAAAACCAACUGGUGAAGUCAAUGUUGUUUCCAAUUUUGAUACCAACUUAGAACGUCAGCUUAGCGAAACUAAUGGUGAGACUCAAACAGAGCUCGUUGAGAACGAAGCUCGAUUAGGAACUGGAGACCAUGAUGUGAUCUCAAAUUGUAGUGAAGUCCAAUCAAGUGAUAAUCAGGCAAUUGAAAGUUUGGAUGGUGUACCUUUUAAGUGUAAAGAUCAUUCUGAACAGAUUCAUUCUACAGAGCACACAGAAAAGCUUACUACCGAAGCUACUGCUGAAACACUAGACCUUCCAAACAAUGUGUCACACACACAAGCCGAAAUUACUUGUGAAGAAGCCCUUCUAGGAAGCCGUUUUGAAGACUUGUUGCAUUCGUCAACUCUAUCCACAGUAGAAGAGCAUCCAAAACCAGCUAAUCAAGAAGUAGAAGGACAUGCAGAUACGAGCAUGCUGCUGACCAAUGUUUCUCCUUCCUCGGAAAUCGGUUCUGAUAUUUCAUCACCUGAUGAAUUAGUUGCGGAAAAGGAAAAUGUUGUGUUCCAAACAGAUUUAUCUCAUGAACUAUGCCCUUAUCAUGAGUGUGCUAAUGACAAUGAGAAAGACUUCAAUGAACGAGAUUCAGAAGACAUUGAUAUCCCAUCUGGAUUGCCUGAUCAUUUUCCUCAAAAGCAAACUGGAAUUAUUGUUGAUGAGGCUCGUGUGCAAAUUAGUGAAGAGCAAUCGCUUGAAGAAUUUGUUCAAGAAUCGGAAACUUGUUCUCAAUCACACCUUGAUGAAAAAGUUUUACUGUUCAAUGAGCACUUGCCGCUUCCUUUAGAUGUGCCUGCUGGGGAGCCUCAGAGGUCAUUUACGGAAGAUAUAGGAUUUUCAGCUACAGAGUUGGACAAUUUUAUUCAAUUUGGUGAAGUUUUAGAUGGUGCUGAAAAUUCUAUAGAAAUCAAUCUAAAUGAUAUCUCAUUCCCUUGCCUUCUACCAUCCGAUAAUCUUGAUACUUGUAAAUCGGGAGAUGAAUAUCCAGAAAAUAGUUAUGAGAAGAAUAUUCAGCAAUUAGAAGAACUAUUUUGGAGCAAUGACUUAUUAAUUAAAAAUUCUGUUGUUGCGAACGACAGUAAUUAUCAUGAUCUUUCUUCUAUCUCUACUUCGGAAUUACAAAAGGAUUCUGCUAUGAGUGCGGGAGAUUUGAAUCAGCCUAAUGUGGAGCCUACUGAGACAUCAAGCUCUAAGAAUGUUGAAAAAUUGGACUUGGAUGAUACUUUUUCUAUGUCUCUCUCAUCUAAGGAGGAAGAACAUCCAUCAGCUUUAUGUAGAGCUCGGCAAUCUGAGAGAUUUGAUGAUGAUUUAUUUGAUCAUUUUGUUGCCAAGGACUUUUGUCCUCAUAAUGAAACUCCAGUAUAUUUGUUAGACCAAAAAGAAGAAGAUAAUACUUCACAAAUUUCUCUCCAACAUGAUAAUGAGGGAACAAAAGAUGAUUUAUCUCAUUCUACUGAUGACCUUUGGGAGCCUGCGAGCCCUCCUCAUGCGGAAGCCUUUCAGUGGCAAGCUAACAAUGAAUUGGAUUUGACUUCUUUAGAGUCAAAGGAUGAGUAUAUUGGGUUUGAUAUUUCUGCUAACAAGGAGUUGGAUUUGGCUUCUCUAGAUCAAAAAGAUGAGUAUCUUGGGUUUGAUAUUUCUGCUAAUGAGGAGUUGGGUUUGGCUUCUCCAGAUCAAAAGGACGGGUAUAUUGGGGUUGAUAUUUCUUCUAUGGGCUUCAAUACUAAGUUAUCAAAACAAGAUACGGGACAAGACUCUCAUGUCUAUUCUAGUGAGGGAAAGAUUACUGAAUCGGAUAUAUCUCCUUCCGAGAACACCGAAUAUAAUGUCCGAAAGGAAGUCUCUCUCUCGUCUGAGUUAGUUUCUCAUAUCCUUGAUGAUAAGCCAUCGGAACAAAUUUCAGAACCAAAGUCUCAUGAAUUUUCAAGUGAGAGAAAGAUGCCUGAAUUCGACAUAUCUCCUUCUGAGAAUGCUGAAGUUGUAGAAACAGGAAAGGAAGUUUCUCUCUCGUCUGAUGAGGAUUCUCAACUUGAUUCAACCUGCUCCAAGUCUCAUGCGCUUGAUGAUAAAAUAUCUGAACAAAAUUCUGAACAUAUCUCUUCAGGAGAGAGAAAAACUGUUGGAUCAGAAACAUCUCCUUUAAAGAAUGUGGAACUAAUGGAACUAGAGCCGGAAGGUUCUCACUCAUCUGAUUUUGGUUCUCAGCCUGAUUCAGUUUGCUCCAAAUCUCAGCUCCUUGAGGAUGAUAUAUCACAACAGGAGUCAGAACCAAUGUCUCAUAUGUUUUCUAGUGAGACAAAGAUUCUUGAGCUGGAUAUUUCUCCUGUGGGGAAUGCAAAAUUUGCAGAAGAAAGGGAAUAUUCUCUCUCUUCCUAUGAGCCUCAACAUGAUCCAAACUGCUCCAAGUCUCAACUCGAUGAUGAAAUAUCAAAACAAGAUUCAGAACAUAUUGCUAAUGCCCGUCCUAGUGAGAGAAAUGCUCUUGAAUUGGACGUUGCUCCUCCUGUGAGUACCAAAUUUACAGAGCUAGAAAAGGAAGUUUCUCUCUCUUCUGAGUUUGAUUCUCAAAUUCUUCAAACUAUGUCCGCUUAUCAUUCUAUUUCUAGUGAGAGAAACAACCUUGAAUUGGAUUUAUCUCCUCUGGAGUUUUCCAAAUUUAGAGAACUAGAAAAGGAAGUUUCUCUCUCUUCUGCCUUGGAUUCCCAGCUUACUCCUUGCUCUAAUUCUCAUAUGCAUGAUGAUAAACGAUCGGAAGAAGACUUAGAACAACAGUCUUAUGCCUUUUCUAGGGAGGGAAAUACCAUUGGAUUGGAUAUAUCUCUUCCAGAGACAGAAGUUUCCCUCUCUUCUGACUCCGACUCUCAAGUCGUUCCAAGUUCUUUGGUGCCAGACAUUUCAACAGUUGCAUCAAUAUCCUUUCCAAGUACUAUGAUGUCCAGUUCUGGGAAAGCUACCGAAUUAUCAUUCAUACUGCAAACUGAUGAAUCAAAUUCAAAUCUUUCGUUACAGAAUUUCGAAAAACUGCCACCUCUUCCCCCUCUUCAAUGGAGAACAGGAAAGCUUAACGGGCAUUUCUUUAAACCUGUUGAUGAAAACAUUCUGUCGAAUGAGGACAAGAAGAGUGAGUUUUGUUUGCCACCAGAAGAUGGAUCAGUUCAGCCACCAAAUCCUUAUGAAUCUCAAUCAACAGGAGAAUUUGGUAAUCUUCAGCAUGAUAUAUCAAAAUUAGAAGAAAAGACACGACAAAUGAGGUUAUCUGAGCUACCACCGAUUGUUGAUUUUGAGAAAUCGCAUGCAUCAAACCCAUUCAUACCUAGUGAUGAGAUGAGUUCUCAAUAUUCUUGGCAUAAUGGUUUAAUAACUGUAGAUAGAGAAACAAUGCAACCUGAGAACCCCUUCUUGCAUAAUUAUGGUAGAGCUUCAGAAGGUGAAAUUGGGGUUCUUCAGAAGCCAUUAUUGUCGGGAUGGGGCAGUGUGCCUCAACUGCCUAUUUCCUCUUAUGUGACUUAUUUAGAUGAGAAUCAAAUUUCUCAGUUUGUACCAACUAUGGAAGACGAGCAAAUCAGCAGGAGACCUUAUUCAAUCCGCAAUAGGCCAAGAGACCCACUUAUUGAAGCUGUUGCUGCUCACGACAGAAGCACGUUGAGGAAGGUAUCAGAAAUUGUUCAGUCUUCGGAUAAGCCAAAGUCGGAUGAAAGAAAUUCAUUGCUAGAACAGAUCAGAAAUAAGGCUUUCAAUCUAAAGCCAGCUACUGUAACAACACAAAGCACUAAAGUCCCUCCAACAAACCUGAAAGUCGCUGCCAUCAUAGAGAAAGCUAAUGCAAUUCGCCAGGCUUUUGCGGGAAGUGAUGAAGAUGAUGAUGGAGAUAAUUGGAGUGACUCGUAAGUCGUGAUAAUUUCGUGGCACUCUAGGAUUUUCGUUCUAUAGAACUAUGCUAAACUACGGGAAAUUUUCCACCGGGAGAAUCGUACCAUCGAGCAACGUCAUAAAUGUCUGCAUUUUGCUGAAGAAUCAAUGAGAGUCUAGGACAACAAAUUCAUACAAUAGUGUAAAAUAUUCCUUUUUUUGUUUCUUUUUAGUUUUUCCUCCCCUUUCUUUUGGUUUCCGUUGUAAUAUGUUAGUAAUUAGUCUCAUGUUAAUUAGUUGCAGAAGCUCUAGUUGGUAGUCAAAAGUCUCAAAGAGGCUAUGCUCUUGUAGUUGUUUUAAGUUGUAAAAUCUCUGUAAUUUUUGGGAUGUAGAAAGUGGUAAUGUAUAUCUAAUUUGUACCCCACAGAGCUUUUGUUCCUGUCAAUGCAAGCUUAAGGGAAAAGUGCUUCCCAAGCAAGAUAUGCUUCUACAAUAACAGAUGCAUAUGUUUUUUUUUGGUU